AUGCACGUCAACUUUUUCAGUUCACGGGUCGUCAGCAAAGGUUUGUGGUCAUAUUUCUCUUCGGUCAUGGAGGCCUCAGAGGAGGGCCAGGUAGCCCGUGCAUACCAGGUAAAUGAAGUCGUACUAAGUAAAUACGGACUCUCUCGAGCAGAAUGGCAAAGUUUCAAGGACUUUCAAAAAGCACAUGAAGAGUUCCACAAAUGGCUCGAAUCAAGGAAUUUAGCUCCAGAUGAAACAAAGGCGACCUCUUGCCGCACAAACGAAGAUUUCACACAACUUUGGACAGGCUUGGCUGAACAAUCCCAUUUUCGAUUCGAUGAACGACACCAGAAGGGCAUUCGACGAUGGACAAGGAAGUACCAGGGGUUUUCUAAAGGGGUGUCUUCAUUCAUGCAGGACAUCAGUCCAAUGCUAGAUAUUGUCAACGGACUAUUCCCUCCCGCAUCAGGUUUCGCUGUUGGCACUAUAAGCGGACUAUUCAAGGCAAAUGGUCUAAUAGCGGAGCGCAAGAGCUACAUGGAAGAGCAAACUUGGGCGGCCAUAGAGGAGGUCAAGGACCGCUUACCAGGUUUCCGGAUGUACCAGGAAAUCUACAGUGAAGAGGCCGACAUGAACAGAGACCUUAGGAAAAAGAUUGUAUUUGCUUAUAUGGCAUUCGUCGAACUGAGUAUGAGUAUUACCAAGUACUAUCUCCAACCCGGAUAUGUCCGCUGGAUGAGCGCUUUAUCCAACCCAGGAAAAUUCCAAUACAUGACAGAUAGAGUCAAUAUGCUCGUUGUGGGAAUCCGAACGCGCUGUGAAGAACUGCAGAGCUUGAGCAUAAGCCAGUUGAGGGAGUCAAAUAAGAGUCUUCUUGAUAAACUUGAAAACAUCGAGAGGGAUAAAGCCAUAACCCACUUGAUGCAACUUCAAGAGCUACUUGGAGUACCAGAAUGGACACCUGAGGCCCAACAGCAGAAUUUGGCGCACUACCGGCGACUGUUGGAUUACGAGCGAGAUAGAGAAUCGAUAUAUGAGCAGAUGCGAAGUGGAAGUGUCGAACGGUUUCAAAGUGAAUCCGACUUUGCUGAGUGGAAGAGUUCCAAAGCGUCGAAAUUUCUAGUACUUAUCGGUGUCAAUCACAGGAGCAUCAGUGAAGGUAAAAGGCACUGCUGGAUUUCUCCCAUUGCCCUCGACCUUGGCGAUCGACUUUCCCGCAAUCCCUUAGCGUUUUUUGCACUCUAUGUCUUUCCACCCUUACAAUCGACCUCGAUACACAUCGCCUUGCCCAUCUUGUUGGUACAGUUACUACGGCUCCUGAGGUCCAAGCUGGCCGGCAAUGAACAGCUUGAGGGUCUUCUCGCAGCUGCUAAGUACUACAGCGGGUGGAAGGACCAAGGAGACAAAGACGACGACACUAGCGGGCACCUUAAGAAGCUUGAGGCUCUUACCUCUCUCACCACUCGUUGUAUUCGAUUAUUGGAACCGAACGAGACUGUGUAUCUCAUCCUAGACCGUGUAGACCAGUGCCAGGAGGAGGACCAAUAUGACUUGGUAAGGAUACUGGUGGACAUGAUGAGCCAGGUUCAAUGUACUGUCAAAGUACUGAUGGUCGCCGAUCAUGUUGCGUGGCGAGUCAACUUGAAGGCCUUCAAGUUGCAAGACUCGACCGAACCAAAGGAAGUCGUACUGCAACAGCAAUACUUGGUACGGAAGGGAUACUAA